AUGUCUACCACAGAUAGCAAGCAUGGAAAAUGUGGUCUCCCUAAUGCAGUGAACGCUCCUAUGCCACAUACGGCAUUUCUGAACAACUAUGUCCCAUUGGGUGGAGAAGCUGCGAGGCCAGCCAUUGGACGCAUGGAAAAAGUGGAGACUCUGCGCUGCUACUGGGAGCUGAAACAUGUUCCAAAGGAGGGUCUGGGGCAGCUGAAAGAGAAGAAGAAGACAAAUGUGUGCCUAGAGGUGUUAAAAUCCCAGAAAAAGGAACCUCCUGAUGUAACAGGUACAGACCAGGAUGACGUGGAAAAGAGAAAGGCUACAAGCAGAGGGGUAGAAGAGGAAAUUGAAAAAGAGAAACAUAUUUUUAUAGAAUCCAAGCUAAAUGAGAAAUUAGAAACCAACAUAGAGGAAGAGAAUCAGAGAAUAGAAAAUGGAGAUUGCUUGAGUGUCCCUGAGGUUUCGGCUUUACUCCUGUCGACCUGUGAGUUUAACCAAGACCAUGAUGUCUCCCAGGAAAGGAGACGGGUAGAGAAUCUGGAGAAAGAUCUCGAAAAAAGCAAAGUGGAGGAAACGUCAGAGGAGGUGGCUCAAAGUGAGGAAGAAAAGCAGCCUGGAGUGGGAGCAUCAGAAGUGGAACCAGAGAAACCUGCUGAAGAGAGAAAAAAAGAACCAAUGCCUGGAGAGUAUAUAAUAGAUAACUCACCUCCUCCUCCAGCACCCUUUGAGCACCGUGUGGUGACAACCAAAACCAAGCACAUAGCCACCCACUAUACCAUCAACAGAGAAGAAGUGCUUGGAGGUGGGCGCUUUGGAAUGGUCCAUAAGUGUGUGGAGAAUAAUUCUGGCCUCACGCUGGCAGCUAAGAUCAUCAAAACCAGGAAUCAGAAGGAGAAGGAAGUGGUUAAAAGUGAGAUUGAGGUUAUGAACCAGUUGAACCAUACUAGCCUCAUCCAGCUCUAUUCUGCUUACGAGUCUCGCAAUGAUAUCACUCUCGUCAUGGAGUAUGUCGAGGGAGGAGAAUUAUUUGAUCGCAUCAUCGAUGAAAAUUACAAUUUGACUGAAUUGGACACAGUGCUGUUAAUCAGACAGAUCACAGAGGGACUGCAAUACAUGCACAAGAUGUACAUACUACACCUUGAUUUGAAGCCAGAAAAUAUACUGUGUGUCAGCCGAGAAACAAAUAAAAUCAAGAUCAUUGACUUUGGGCUGGCCAGAAGAUAUAAACCAAGGGAGAAGCUCAGGGUCAAUUUUGGCACACCCGAGUUCCUUGCACCUGAGGUGAUCAAUUAUGAAUUUGUCUCCUUCCCAACAGAUAUGUGGAGCUUAGGAGUCAUUACGUACAUGCUGCUAAGCAGUCUAUCUCCUUUCCUGGGUGAUGAUGACAAUGAGACACUGAAUAACAUCCUAGAAUGUAAGUGGAACUUUGAGGAGGCCGAGUUUGCAGAUAUCUCUGAUGAAGCUAAAGACUUCAUAUCAUGCCUGCUUGUGAAGAGCAAGAGUUGGCGGAUGAGUGCUUCUCAGUCACUUAAACAUCCCUGGUUGUCUGAUCGAUCACUUCACUAUCGUCUGCAUCAGAAAGGGAACAAGUGCCACUCCACACACGCACCUCCAACAAAGAUCUAAAACAGAAAACUUCUUUACCCAUGUGAAGAACUGGACCAACAACACUGCACCUGAAAGGCCUCUAGCUGCUAUACAACAAUGAAUAUCCAUUUCAGACCCUCUAUAAGUAGGCUACAACACAAUUCUGAUUCUUCUUUGUAACACUAUCUGAACCAGGAGAUCGAUUUACAGACUUCCACUUGCUGCGUGCAGCAUACACACAACUUUGCUGUUAUUCACACAAUUCACAAUUUGUUAACUAGUCUUAUUUUGGUGAUUUUAUAUUCUUUUUUGAUAUUUAUACAGGCACAAAAACAAUUCUGUUUCUACAAUGUCAUAUUACAAUGUAGUGUAGUUGUGAUAUGCUUGAAUACAUGAUUACUUUCACUUCAUGUUACAAAUCCAGCAUCCUCACCAAGUUUGUUUCUUGUUUGUAUAUUGGAAAACAUGGCUUUUUGACCAUAAGAUUUGUAUCUGCAUUUUAAACAUCCCAUUCUACAUUUAGUUUCCAUUUAAUUAAAAUAACCUCCACUCUUCUUGGAAGAUGUUCCACAAGACUUUGAAAUGUGGUUGUAAAGAUAUUUUUGCUCAUUCAACUACAAGGGCAUUAGAAAAGUCAGGUUCAGUCAGUGUUCCAAUUCAUCCUGAAGGUGUUCAAUAAGGUUAAGAUCAG